AUGGCGGGGUCGCAUGUUUUGCUGGCCAACUACCUCAAAGAGCAGUCGCAGCUGCGUCGUAUGGACACCACGCUCGAUCGCAUUAAUGGUCUUGGCGCGUUCGAUGCCGCGCACGCAACGCUUGUGUCGCCAAUACAACAAGGCGCAAAAGUCCAGUACGCGUCCUUGACCUCACUCCACGAUGCUAUCUCGGGACUGCGCAACGUCAGCAGCGCUACUGGUGUAAACGUUUUCUCCCAGUAUUGCUACCUCGACUUUGAACGAAAAUGGGAAAUGGCCAACUCGAUCCGGCGCCAAAACCGAUGUGAAUCGAUGGUUCAUAACGGCGCUGUCUUCCUCGCCUCGCUCUUGCGGAACGUCAACAUCACCAAGGAUUGGGCUGCAGAAUUUGAGAUUGCCUUUGCGUCCGACCUGCGGCAUUCGACCGCUGGCCAAGCUUUUCUGUCGACCAUCUACCCGCCGUACCUCGAGCUAGACGACGAGGUCGCGUAUUGGUCGUCCAAGAACAUCACCUCGUACAAGCUCCAGUGGCAAAACUACAAGUCAAUCGGGUUUGCCAGCUCGUAUCAAAUGGUGAAUGCGUAUGGCGCAGCCUACGCCUUCACGCUAGAGUCCACGGUGAGCGUUUUCCGCUUGACAAGUGCAACUUCGUACACGAUGUACUGGGCGUUGGACAACGACCUAAGGGGCGUGUCGUCGAACCGGACUCGCAUGAGCGGACUUGGCCUUCUACGCGCCAGUAGUCGCUUUGCCUUCCAAAACAUAUCACUGCAAGACGUGUUAAUUGAAGAUGGGUAUUUGCCGCAACCGCCAUGGAGUGCCACGUACGACCUCGUGGCGUCGCAUCUCGGUCCGUUUGGGUCCAUCGACAUGGUGUUCGUCCCGCCACCUUUCGUGCUGCGUCAAGCGAUCGCUGCCUUCAAUCGCGUCAUGGCAGACGCCCGACAAGCGCACACGGCGGCUUACAUGAGCAUCCCGGCCACGCACGCCGUGCAGCCUGCGCCACGCACAUGGAAGCACGUUCUCUGGGCCGUGGCUGGCUCGCUAUUGUGUCCUGACCAGCCGGCCAUCCACCUCGUUCGCCUCGAAACGCUCACGGGUGCCGAUCGCUACGACGCUACGUGCACCGACAGUCGCCAACGUGUUGGUCUCGUGCCAUCCCGCAACCAAUAUCUCUUUGCAACGUCCGUGGCCAACCUCUCAGCAUCAAUGACCGACGUCGCUGCACUCUGCGCACUCGACAGUAAUCUCUCGACGUGCAUGGAUGGCGUCCAGAAAAGUGUUGCGUUCCUAUCGCUGGUCCCCCGACUUCCGAACGAUCGUCAAACGUUGGUUGAUGCCGUGGACGAUCUGUUCAUUGAAUGGGUGCAGUUUGGUCAAGAGAACGAAGCGGCUUCCGUGGCGCUGUACCAUACACGGCUGCUCGACCCGUCAGAUGCGAGCUUUGACUACUUUGCUUGGCUCUUCUUCUACGAUUGGGUGCUGGGGCGCCGUGAAGUCAUUUCGUUUCAAGGGGACCGCGGCACGCUCACUGUCAUGGGCGACACGCUACCCGACCAGAUGCACGCUGUGGAUGCCUCGCAGGUACACACCGUCUUUGCCCUCUACGCGCGGUAUGCGGUGCAGUACGUCACAAGCUCCAUCUUGGCGCUCGCGAUGCUCUCUCUUGUCUACUUGGUGUUAGCAAAAGGCGCGAUUGAAGGGCGCAAUCUCCUCAAGCUCAGUCGCAUCGGUGGCUUUGUCUGGGUCGGACGGCCCCUCAUUGGCCUUCGCAGCAUCACCGCCCUCGGUCUUCUCUCAACGGCCUCCAUCGAGCUUGUUACCGCUGACCAGCUGAGCUAUUUCGCACCGCGACCGAUCCCUUGGUACACGACGUGCCUCGCCGCCAACGAAGUCACGUGGCUGGUCAAUAUCGUGAGUGACUUGAUGCUUCCGUGGACCCAGUGGCGGACACCCAGGUUUGCUCUCGCCCAUAGUCUGCUCGUGUGGCUCACCUCGGCGCUAUUGGCUACGCUGACUCCAGUCCAAGCCACCAUCUCAGUCGACCCCAUUUGUUCGUCUGUCUCGCUCGACCAACAAGUACAGUGUGUGGUGGGCACUGUCUACAUUGGAUCUGUGGCGCGGCUACUGCUACUGAUUGGGGUCGUCGUCGGCUGCAACGGCGUCUGCUACAGUGUCGCUCGCUGGCGCUUCCCGCACGAUACGGGCGUGCGGUCGCCCUCGCUCCUGCUCUGCAGUGGUGCCACGUAUCUCUUGAAACACAACGACUGGAUCCAAGACAACGUGUACUACAUGGAUCGCGCGUCGGCUGCGCUAAACGGGCUCCUGAGUGUGCAAUGGCGCAGCGAUACGUUCUACGUGCUCGACGUCAAGGCGUGGCGAUUGCAUCGACUAGCCCAUGCCAAGGGGACCCUCAGUAACGACGCUCGCCUGCGUCGCGCGUUGCCCUUGGCAGCGACGAUACAUCCAUAGCUUGUCCGACUUGUCUCUUUCAAAAGUACACUGGACACGAGCGAAACCAAAUCCAGUUAAUAUACGAGGACCGGUA